AUGGAGUACGAAGGAAUCAUCGACCAUUUCAAUCCGAUCCUUCCGAAUGCUGGAAUUCUGCCUUUCAAUGGCCUGGAAACUGCCCGUGAGCUCGAUGAGGUCUACGAGCGCGUUCUUCCAUUCGACUUGACUCAGACACGGCAUGGCCCGAUGUUCCAAAAUGGCAAUUGGUUCGCGGGUGCGAUAAAGCGCAGGAGGAGGGCAGAGAUCAAGGCUUCAAGAACGAUUUCUUUAGAUAGUAUAUCCCGUGCUCUGAUUCUUCCCACUGAACUUCUUCUCGAGAUUGAGCUAGAUCUUCGAAUUCCUCUAUCCUAUCGACCUUUAUUCCGUUAUACGCUCAACGAAGAGACUCAGGAGUACACUGUUGGAUCGGGGGGCGUCGUCUGUGUUCUGAUGUUCUCCCGGCGUGUCCUCCGGACAUCUCUGAACCGCGAUGGGCUUCUAUAUUGUUUGGCCCGGCGACGUGUGAUGAUGGUUGCGCGCUUUAUCUUUUUCAACUCGAGAAUCUCUUCCGGUAUUCCCGAUGCAUCCCUAGAAUUUGAGGAUUUCAAAUCCUUGGAAAUCGCCAAUGUGAUUCGUGGCCAUGAGGAAUCAAACAGGGCCAAUGCGCUUAUUCUCCGGAUGGGCGUUCAAGUUAUGGAGGAACACAAUGAUAACAUGAAGCAAUUGUUGAAACGGUAUCUUAUUCGACGUUUAUCAUCAGAGAUGUCAAGGACUGACCUUUGUAUCAGCCAUGCUUCUAUCCUUUUACGACGCGGUCACGAUCAAGUGGAUUUAGAUAUCGCAACAGGCGAACUUCUUGAUCGAUAUUCAUACAGAGAAAGAUUUACAUCGAAUUAUCGUUCGAACAAACAGCUUGCUCUUGAGCUUUUACGAACUUCCGAGACCCACAAGAUUGAUAGACUAGAAAAGCAGCGAUGGUUUUUGAUCUUCUACAGGCAGAAGGUAACACUUCCUCCAACUUCAUGGCCAAAUUUACCAAACGUGGAAGCGAUCUACGAGCACGAGCCAUUUGCGGCUUUCAUUGCCUCUGAAUCAAAAGAAGUUGGAAAGCUCCCAGAGGAAACAGUACAAACUCACUUGGCACCUUUCCUCGACUCCUGGAUGCAGGUGCAUGAAAGCAAUAUCUUGGCUAGGCUAGAAUCCCCUUAUGAGAACUUGGACCUCGCUGCAAAUGUUUUCAUCUGCGCUUCCUGCGAGAGCGAAGAUGACUGCACCAGACGCCGCACUUCGAUCUUGAUUGGCCUGGAAAACCUACGCGCUCAUUUUAAAUGCAUCGAUCCACAGUGCGAGUUUCGAUUUAGCAUUUCAGGGAGAGCCGUCGCACUGGCGUUACUUGAUCUUUUGGGUAUGGACCCUAAAACAGUGACUGUCAGUAUUUUGGACGCCAGGGAUGCACGGUUUUUCUGUGAGGGUUGCGAUGUUUCUUGGAAGCGGGGAGUGCUUGGUCGCCAGCCUUUGACGUGGAGGGAAUGUAUUUCCCAUGUCAUUGAGAUGGAGAACACGAACUCCCACCACUCCAUUACGUCUUGGGCACUUCUAACGGCAGAGGCGACCGAAUGCAUCAAAAGACAUGAACAACCCUUCCCGAGUCCAGAGUGCGACAUCUGGUGUUGUUACCACUGCCCUGAGCACUACGAUGAUGCAACGACAAAGGCGAACGCAUUUCGCCACGCCAAAGACGAGCGAAAGUUUCCCCAUCUGAAGCCCCGCAAGCCUAUUUCUGUCGGACUCGAACCACCAGAGAUCUAUCAAUGUGGAAAAUGCCCAGACACCAUUAACCGUCUCUGGCAAAUCGACCGCCUCAAACCUCAUUUGCUCGAUAAUUGCGUGGCAUGGGGCACUAGCUGCGUGCAUGCGUGGGGCACCGGACUGGGCUUACAGAAAUUGGCGUGCCAGCAUCACUCCCAAGGCAAUCCCCACUAUUUAAGUUCUGCAGACCUGUGUAAUUCUGCAUUUAUUUGCGUGCAUGGUAAAUCCACUUGCGUGCCAAUGUGUUCGCAAAAAGUAUGGCAAAGAAGAAACAAGCGUCAGGGUUUACAAGCGACACCAAGCUUCAUUGUCCAGAAUGUGAGAAAGAGAUUCCUGUUGGAACAGGCAGUCAAGCAAAUCUGCAGCAGCAUAUCGACUUGUAUGGAUACUAUGGGGGUGAAGUGUUGUCGCACGUAG